AUGAUUACUGUUGGCGUCACUACAAUGAUUACACCAUAUGUUAGACUCAAUGGAUAUUAUGCUACAUUUGCCGUCAACGGUCUGGCCAGCGGUGCUAUCGACACAAUGUCCAGUGUCUGGAUAGUCGAGAUGUGGGAAGAACUGUGCGGACCGUUUGUACAGGGAUUGCAAAUAUCGUUAGGCCUAUCUGCUAUAAUAUCACCGCUAGUGGCCAACCCUUUCCUAUCGGAUACGGUAACUGAGUUUAUAGGUAUCAAUCAACGAUCAAACCAUUCAUCACUUGAAUUCAUGAAUAACAUGACUAUCGCUACCGAAAACGUUAUCCAAAACAAAACAUUAGUGAACUCGACUACAAUAGCCAUCAUUGAGUUAACACAAACACGUAUUCAAAUACCGUAUCUAUUCGUCGGUGGUCUUAACUUAGUGUGCGCUACAAUAAUGGGCGGUCUCUACUAUUACCGGCCAUAUAUCAGGCGAGUAAUUCAAUCGGCAGUCGAUGAGAGACCUUUAGACAAUCGGCGUAACAAAAUGGCCAAAAUGUUUGCCAGAAUCAACAAAAUGUUUACUACUGAGCUCUGGCCAUCUCGUGCCGUACUUUUGCUUCUCCUAUUGGCGGCCAAUACUAUUGGUUUGGUUAUGGCAAUAAUGUUGAAUUACAAUGGCUAUUGGUUAAAAUUUGCCCAGUCGUCACAGAUACGACUGACCAACCAAAUGGCCAACAAUAUUUCAAUAUUAAUGUGGUCCGCUUUUUCACUUAGCCGUGCUAUAUGUGUAGUCCUAUCCUAUUAUGUUAGCCCUAUUCCCGUAACGUAUGCCUGUUUUACCGUACUAUUGGUAUCACAGAUACUGUUUCUUAUAUUUCAAGGCACAUCUAUAGCUAUUAUUUGGACGGGUAGUGCACUGAUUGGUUUUGGUUUGGGACCCAUAUUUGCCAAUAUAUACCAAUUGAUUGAAUCGAUAACACCGGUAACCAAUUUGGUGGGCGCACUGUUUAUAUUUACAAUUGGUUUAUAUAUGACAAUAACUUCACUGAUUUUGGGCGCAUAUGUUGAACAGUUUCCUAUGAUUUUCAUAUAUAUUAUGCUAUUUUGUUGUGUCGUACCAUUGGUUUUAUUAAUUGUUAUCGAUUUGCUUAUUAAAAAAGUAAUCAGAGUCAAUUUUGUUAAUGCUACACAAUGA